AGCUCAUUUCCAAAUGUACUCACGUCUGUCUUUAGGGAGUCAAAGGGACUAAUUUAGACAGAUGCAAUAGUUGCACAUGUGGCAUAAGCGCAGUGCAAUAGUACUGCAAAGUUUUCCAGCUUCCUCGCAGACCCAGCUAACUGCACAACUCAGCCCAGAGUCGAGCUCCUGCGACAGGUUGCGCCGGUGUCGUAUCGCAGCUGCUCGCACAAGACGCGCGUUUGAACAGACUGUGGUUUAACGCGGAGGUGUCGCUGACAUUUUUGUUUGUAAAAAUCGAAUAUGCCAAAGAUAUUGACAGCUUCUAAAUUGGUCAGGGCUUGGAAGCAUGGAUUGCCGUUCACACUCAACGGUAGCACCGCUACUUGGAGAGCCGUUGGAGCACGAUUGUUCAGCGCAGGGGCCCAGUCGGCACACCUGGUGCUGGAGGAUGGCACACGGAUGAAAGGUUUCUCCUUUGGAUCUCCACAUUCAGGCUCUGGAGAGCUGGUGUUUAAUACUGGACUGGUGGGGUACCCUGAGGCUUUGACAGACCCCAGCUACAGGGGCCAGAUUCUCACCCUCACCUACCCUAUUGUGGGCAACUACGGAGUUCCCAACACUGAGCAAUUGGAUGAGCUGGGGCUCAGGAAGCACAUAGAGUCUGAUUGCAUUCAGGUAUCGGGGUUACUGGUGCAGGACUAUAGUCAUGAGUACAGUCACUGGAACUCGGUAAAGUCAUUGGCACAGUGGCUGCAGGAGGAGAAGGUCCCAGCUUUGUAUGGAGUGGACACGAGGAUGCUGACUAAAAUUAUCAGAGAUAAGGGUACGGUUUUGGGAAAAAUUGAAUUUGAAGGGCAGCCAAUGAAAUUUUUGGACCCAAAUCAUCGAAAUCUGGUAGCUGAGGUGUCUACAAAGGAGGAAAAGGUAUUUGGGAAAGGAAAUCCCAUUAAGGUUGUUGCAGUCGAUUGUGGGAUCAAGCACAACAUCAUCCGACUUCUUGUGAAGCAUGGGGCUGAGGUACACUUGGUACCAUGGGAUCAGGAGCUGCUGGGUUUGGAGUAUGAUGGGCUGUUCAUCUCAAAUGGCCCUGGGAACCCUGCCCUGGCCAGGACUCUUAUUGACAAUCUCCGCAAGGUCCUAGAGAGCGACCGUCGGGAGCCUGUGUUUGGGAUCUGCAUGGGGAACCAGAUAACCGCGCUGGCUGCUGGUACAAAGUCAUACAAGCUCCCAAUGGGAAACAGAGGCCAGAAUCAGCCAGUGACGAAUGUGGUGAAUGGCCAGGCCUUCAUCACGGCUCAGAACCACGGCUAUGGGAUAGAUAGCCAGUCGCUGCCCCCAGGCUGGCGCCCUCUGUUUGUCAACGCCAAUGACGGCACCAACGAGGGAAUAAUGCAUGAAACCAAGCCUAUCUUCACUGCGCAGUUCCACCCUGAGGCAAAAGGGGGCCCCACUGACACUGAGUUCCUGUUUGAUGUAUUCAUCUCCCUGAUUAAGAAAGACAAGGGCAGCAGCAUCAUGUCAGUGAUGCCCAAAAAAGUCCAGCCUCCAAAGCGAGCACAGGUGUCCAAAGUCCUGGUGUUGGGGUCAGGGGGGCUGUCUAUCGGCCAAGCAGGGGAAUUUGAUUACUCCGGCUCCCAGGCAAUCAAAGCCAUGAAGGAAGAAAACCUGAAAACGGUCCUAAUGAACCCCAACAUUGCCUCUGUGCAGACCAACGAGGUGGGCUCCAAGCAGGCAGACUCUGUGUACUUCCUCCCUGUCACCCCACAGUUUGUCACUGAGGUCAUCAAGGCAGAACGGCCUGAUGGGAUCCUCCUGUCAAUGGGUGGCCAGACAGCUCUUGACUGUGGGGUGGAGCUGUUUAAGAGUGGGGUGCUGCGUCAGUAUGGGGUGCAGGUCCUCGGUACGCCAGUGGAGUCCAUCAUGGCCACUGAAGACCGUCAGCUCUUUGCAGACAAGCUGACGGCGAUCAAUGAGAAAAUUGCCCCCAGCAUUGCAGUGGAGACGGUGGCUGAUGCCCUGCAGGCUGCCGAGCAGAUUGGGUACCCAGUGAUGCUGCGCUCUGCCUAUGCCCUGGGAGGGCUGGGCUCUGGCCUGUGUGCCAACAGGGAGAGGCUCCUGGAGACUGCCAGGAAAGCCCUGGCGCUGAGCAGACAGAUCCUGGUAGAAAAAUCUCUCCUGGGCUGGAAGGAGGUGGAAUAUGAGGUGGUGAGGGACGUAGCUGAUAACUGUGUGACAGUGUGCAACAUGGAGAACUUUGACCCCCUCGGUAUCCACACAGGUGACUCCAUCGUAGUGGCCCCCAGCCAGACCCUGUCCAACGAGGAGUACCACAUGCUGCGGGAGACAGCCAUCAAGGUCGUGCGGCACCUGGGGAUUGUGGGAGAGUGCAACAUCCAGUACGCCCUGCACCCUGCCUCCCUGGAGUACUGCAUCAUUGAGGUUAACGCCCGGCUGUCCCGCAGCUCCGCUCUGGCCUCCAAAGCCACAGGCUACCCCCUGGCAUUUGUCGCUGCUAAGUUGGCGCUUGGCAUUCCGCUUCCAGAGAUCAAGAACGCCAUGUCGGGGAAAACCACAGCCUGUUUUGAGCCCAGCCUGGACUACAUCGUCACCAAGAUCCCUCGCUGGGACCUGGACCGCUUCCAGGGCAUGUCUCGAGAGAUUGGCAGUGCCAUGAAGAGUGUGGGCGAGGUCAUGGCCAUAGGGCGCACCUUCGAGGAGAGUAUCCAGAAGGCCCUGCGGAUGUGCCACCCCUCUGUGGAUGGCUUCGUGCCCCGGCUGCCGAUGAAGAAGGCCUGGACUGAGCAUCAGGACCUGCAGCAGGACUGGGCCGUGCCCUCCAGCACUCGCAUCUUCUCCCUGGCAAAGGCUCUCUGCAAUGGGGUGACAGUGGAUGAAAUUCACAAACUGACAGCCAUUGACAAGUGGUUUUUACACAAACUGCGUCACAUCACUGAGCUGGAGAAACAUCUGGGCCAGUUCACCAGCUCCACUGUGCCAGAAGAUUUGUUGCAUAAGGCCAAGCAAGAUGGGUUCUCUGAUCGACAGCUCGGCCGGAUCCUGGGAGUUACAGAGACUGAGGCCAGAGACUUGAGACUCAGCAAGAACAUCAGGCCCUGGGUCAAACAGAUUGACACCCUUGCUGCUGAGUACCCUGCUGUGACCAACUACCUGUACUGCACUUAUCAUGGCCAGGAACAUGACCUGGACUUCACUGAUCAGGGAGUGAUGGUGCUUGGCUGUGGGCCCUAUCACAUUGGGAGCAGUGUGGAGUUUGACUGGUGUGCAGUCUCCAGCAUCCGGACUCUGCGGCAGCUGGGGCGGCGCACGGUGGUGGUGAACCACAACCCUGAGACAGUGAGCACAGACUUCGACGAGUGUGACCGGCUGUACUUCGAGGAGCUCACCCUGGAGCGUGUGCUGGACAUCUUGCAGCAGGAGGGCUGCAGUGGAAGCAUCGUCUCCGUCGGGGGUCAGAUACCCAACAACCUGGCCAUGCCGCUCCACCAGAACGGGGUGAAACUCCUGGGCACGAGCCCGCUGCAGAUCCACCGGGCCGAGGAGAGAUCCGUCUUCUCGAGCAUCCUGGACGAGCUGGCGGUGGCGCAGGCUCCGUGGAAAGCUCUGAGGUCUCUGGAAGAUGCCUUUGCCUUUGCCAAUAAAGUUGGUUAUCCCUGUCUUCUGAGACCUUCGUAUGUUCUGAGCGGUUCGGCAAUGAACGUGGUGUACGGUGAGGGCGAGAUGAAGCGGUUUCUAGAGGAGGCCACGCAGGUGUCGCAGGAACACCCAGUUGUCAUCACCAAGUUCAUUGAGGGAGCCAGGGAAAUAGAAAUGGAUGCAGUGGCAAGGAAUGGGAAGGUCCUCGUCCACGCCAUCACGGAGCACGUGGAGGACGCGGGCGUGCACUCGGGAGACGCCACUCUCAUGCUGCCCACACAGACCAUCAGCCAGGGGGCGCUGGAGAAGGUAAAGACCACAACUCGGAAAAUCGCCAUGGCAUUUGAUAUUUCCGGACCAUUCAACACACAGUUUCUCGUGAAAGGGAAUGAUGUCAUGGUCAUCGAGUGCAAUCUGCGUGCCUCCCGCUCCUUCCCCUUUGUCUCCAAGACCAUCGGAGUUGACUUCAUCGACAUCGCCACCCGGGUCAUGAUCGGGGAGCACAUCGACGAGUCCCGUCUGCCGUCCUUCGAAAACCCCCUCAUCCCCAUGGACUACGUGGGCAUCAAGGCUCCCAUGUUCUCUUGGCCUCGCCUGAGGGACGCCGAUCCCAUCUUGCGUUGUGAAAUGGCUUCAACUGGAGAGGUCGCCUGCUUUGGGCCAAACAUUUACUCAGCAUUCCUGAAAGCGAUGCUGUCCACGGGCUUUAAACUACCUCAGAAAGGAAUUCUCAUUGGGAUUCAGCAUUCAUUCCGACCAAAGUUCUUAGCCACAGCAUAUCAGCUCAAUGAAGAAGGGUUUAAGGCUCUGUGUUCCCAGCUCUAUGCUACUGAGGGCACUUCAGUCUGGCUCAAUGCUAAUGAUGUUCCCUCCACUCCGGUGGCUUGGCCAUGUGAGACAAGUGAUGACGUGAACCCUGCCCUGCCCAGCAUUAACAGGCUUAUCAGUGAAGGGGAGAUUGAUCUGGUAGUGAACCUUCCCAACAGCAGCACCAGGUUUAUCAAGGACAACUUCCUGAUCCGCAGGAUGGCUGUUGACCACGGAGUGCCCCUCAUCACCAACUUCCAGGUUGUGAAGCUGUUUGCUGAAGCAAUCAAGCACUGCAGUGAGCUGGAUGCCACCAGCCUUUUUCACUAUCGCCAGCGUGAUGUCAGUAAGCAGACUCCUCCUUCAGCUGUAGGGAACCUGUCUGUAUAGUUCCACUCCAGUGGUAGAAAGCCCUAUGAAUUGACAAAACUGCCUUAAUAGAUGCUAAUUAGUCAUAUAUACUGUACAGUGCGACUGGUAUACAGUAUCUGCCUCCCGUAGCUCUUAAUAUUGAGGAAAACAUGGGAGGUCCUUAUAUUUCUUUCCAGUGUUUUUUUUUUUAGGUUUUCAGUUCUUGUAAAUGUUAAAAAAUCUGAUUACUUUGUUGUGUUUAUUACAAUAUUUAACACACGUUUACAGUAGUUCCUAUCUAGUUAUAAAUGUGGUUGAAAAUGAAUAAAAUGGUUUCUGUA